CCGCUUUCCACGGUGCGCGCGCGUUGCACAUAACGGGUCGACCUAACCGUGCGCGGACGCUUUUCUCGCAUCACGAUCGCGUGUGUUUUGUGCUAACGUUGCGUGUAUGUGUUCGAUAUAAGAUUUUAAUACUGUGCACCGCUGACUGCAGAUUAUAUACGGAUUGGAAAUAAGACUAGAGACGUGGGGUCGCACGUUGCUGAUGCUCCAAAAACGCCGUUGGAUGAACCUAUUUUUAUAACAAUGAUGAGUCGGUCGGAGUAGCAUGGGCCAAGCGGGUAGCCAGCCGGUCGCGGAAAUUCCGCGCCGCGCACAUACCCUGCCGCACGAGCCACUCAGACACGCACCCAAGGUGCUGCCAGCACUAGCAGAGUCGCCGCGGCUGCGCAUCACAAACAAUGGUGCUAUACUUCACUCUGGAGGCACCAUCAGUGGCCGCCGACCCUCUUCCAUGGUUCCCGAAGUGACAAGGACGUCAUAUGGACAUGUGCAUUCCAAUGUCUAUCGGUCGCGUUCAGCUGGCGGAGCAGAAUGCGAGCAAAGAUUUGAACGUGACCAUCUACAUCGGUCACACACCAAUCUUGACAUGAGGCAUAGUGACUCAAGCAGUUUGAACAAACGGUUUGGAUCAGAGCCAGACCUUCGAAUCGAGGAAGACCAAAAACCUCGUAGUAACAAACACUUUCGGAAGAAAUACAGGGCGCCCCAACCACCAGCUAACCAUCGCCGAGAAGGCUCCUCACCAGACUCAACCGAAAGACAAUCAAAAGCUGAACCACAAAAGAAACUACGGCUAUUCAGGACGAGAAAUGAAACUAAAAAACUAAACCCAUUGAAGCUAGAAACGCAACCGGCCUAUAGAAGUACAUAUACAGACUUUAAGUCCCUGGACUUCCACGACGCGUCUUUCGAAAGACGUUAUAGAUCCCCGUGCAAAGACAAAGACCAUUUGAAAUAUCCAGACAAUAUAGAUAUGCUACAAAGCACAACUUCUUUGAAGAGAGAAGAAAGAUUGUUGCAAGGAAGACAAGAUUAUCGAAAUAAAACAGAUCAAAUGAGUGGAUGCAGAGCUAAAACUACAAAACCAAAUGAAAAUGAUGAAGCUUGGAAGACACCACUGCUUAACAGAAAUUUCAGGCGCUCAGAAAGAUUCAGCAAAGACCUCGAAAUACCACCGCUUCGCAGAGAAAAAACAUUCGAUAACACACUCAAAAUCAGUGAAAAUGAAUCUCCAAAAACUACUCACGAAAGUAGGAUGAAAUCAAUUGGAGAGCAAAUAAAAACAAUAGAGCCUUUGAGAAAAUCUCUUCCUUCAUUACUGGGCAACAGUAAUGACGAAAAAGAUGAAUUUCAAACAGAACUCAAAAAGGCGACGAAUAGAAUAAGAAACGAAUUAGUUAAUAAAAAUAAUGUAAGUACCAAAACUAGUCAGAAUGAUAGAACGAAAACCCCAACGAAACCACAAGUCAAAGAGUCUAAUCUUAGCACAAAAGAUUCGAAACCAUUGAAUAAUGUUAGACGACCACUAGGUCGGAUUAAUGAGAUUAAAACUAAAGCAGCUCAAGAUAAAGUGGAAGCAAAGAAAUUUAAAAGCGAUGUAAAAGAAAACGUUAAAUUACCAGAUAGAGGACAAGCUUCAGGGAAAGAGUCUACUCCAGAGCAUUCGCCUAUCAGAAGGAAAGGAGUUCAGACGAAAGAUAAACAGAAGGCACCAUCGAAACAAUUUUAUUUUGGAAUGUUAGAGACACCACUAACCGAAACACAAGACAAUCUAAAAGACUUCCCCGGUCUCGGAACUCCCAUAAUUGAGGAGCUUAGCAAUUUCCAUUUAAUUGAAAAGAAGCUACUGGGAUACCACGAAGAAGAUGAAUUGGAGAAGUUUAAUAAAAAGUUCAGGAAAAGCUGCAAGAAAAAUCUAUCAUCGGAAUCGGCGCUUUCAUCGGAUGAAGGAUCUGACGGGUCUAUGGGAAUCGCGGUUAGACUGCGGCCUACUUUACCCAGGAGGAUAUUGAGUCCACCUCGCUUUUCACCAACCUCUGCUUGGAGGCAACUUGCUACGUUGGAUGCUCAUCUUGCUGAAAAUAAACCACUAGCAGUUGAGACAAAGCUGUCUUCGGAUAUAUCUGGUGAAUCUUCUCCACGAUCAGAUCAGUCCGGGGAUAAGUCCGGAGAUUCAGGGAUAUCUGGGGACCACGUGCAUAGUGAUAACAGGAUCGAGUCUCCUUCAAGACAGAACGCUCAAACAGAAACCGCAUUGCCGGAAACUUGGACGCCGCUACAGGACUUGGGGGACAGUAGCUCUGAGGGUGCUAGUGGAGCUCUGCAUCACGCGCCUGUGGCCACCUUUUCUCCAGGACAGCCAUUCAGUCUCUCACUACCAAGAGAUAAUGAAAAAGGAAAGCCGAUACAGCAAGGCUUCAACAGUCUUCAGAAAUUUAGGAAAUCUGUGUCAGGUGCGCUUGGGGCAGCUCUGGGCUCCAGAAAGUUCGAUUUGGAACAUGAACCUAUGUUGACGGAACCAGAGCAAAAUUGGUUCUUGAGCAAAUCGGCACCGAAUUCCUUGAGUAACCCAAUGCUUUUGCAGCCGUUGAGGGUGAAAAGUGAAGAGAUUAAAGAUGAGUCGAUGAUUAAGGAUAAGGAUGACAUGAGUCCAUGGCAAGGUGGGAGUUCAUAUCUGCCAUGGGCUGGUCACGUGAUGUAUCUUCCUCCAGCACCUGACCAGCCAAUGUCAAUGAUUCCAACUGACAGACCAGUGAGGAGCAAAUCAAGUGGAUGCCUCGAAACUGCUGCGAGAGCUGCGCGUGCAGCUUUAGCUGGGGAAAUGAGAGAGAGGGAGCGGUCUGCCUCACCAGGGGUCGCUAGAGCCGUUCCCGCUAGAGUCGAACCUGUUACCCGAACGAACCCGUCACGCAGUAAGCGGUUCACGUUUCAGUCAACAGUGCGACAGCUCGAGCGGCGACGACUCGCGGAAAAACUGUCCAAGGAAGCAGAUUUGAAAGAGCAACAAAGGAAAACUGAGCUGGAAGCCAUGAGGAGGGUAGAAGAAGAGUUUCAGCGCAAACGUGCCAGAGAGAAGGCAAAUAUACGCCAACAGCUGCGACUUGUAAGCAGCGGUGCUAGUAGCAUGCCUCAUUCCCACCACAAUACACGUGACGAGCCAGACGGCUCCUGCCGAGAUUCACCAGACCGCACGAAAGACAGACAGAAGAACAGCAAUGGCUCCGAGAUCAGUGGACGCAGCAAAAGUUCCACACCGAUCCGAAACGUUGAGAUGUCAGAAUGGCGCAAUGAUAAUGGCGCACGUGUGUACCGCGAUUGGUGCGGCGCGUUCGCAACUCACGCGCAUCCGCCCGCUUGCGCCCGUAUGCAUAUGGCGACACAGAAUCACGGUGUGGAGGGCUCUACGUUUUCCGGUAGUCCCCGUUCAGACAAUUACCGCCUAGAGUUCGCCCGUGGCGUCCCAUCACCACGUACACCGCGCCCGCCGCGCCUGCUCACUACCAGAUCACCAUCGUCUUCCAGCUCAGAGAUUUCUCUGAGACAACCCAUCAAAAUAAGGUGGUGAAGGAGUUUCCGUAGUGCUUUAUCUAACCGACUUCCCAAAGUGAACCGAAAGAAGAGGAGCCCAUCGUACCGACAUUGCGGCCUUCCAGACCCGCAAGGAAUAUUGUUGCAAUUCGCUAAAAAAUUAGUUUAAAACGCGUGCUGAUUUAUUUAAAUGGUACUUUUAUGAUUUAGAGGUGCCUAUUUGAACCUAAUUAAAAAAUAAUACUAAAUUUACGUGCUCAGAAUUUUUUCGCGUUGUUUGGUGAUUAUAGUCGAGACAUAUUCGUUACUCAACUUUGCACAGUUCUAAAUAUUGUUAUUUCUCAAUUUUAAUGGAGUUACAUAUAUAAGUAUAGUUAGUCACUAUGCAAUAAAUACUUCAAGUAAAGUAGUUUUGUAUAUUAACAAAUAGCUGUCUUCCAAUGUGUAAUAGCUUUAAAAUAGAUGUUACGGUGCUAAUCUCUCCAUAUUUAUAUAUUGGUUAUAUAUACGGUGUUUCUCUGUAAUAGCACAUUUAAAGUAAAUCCUAAAACAUUUGAAUUGUAUUAUCAUUAAGCAAUUUCACAUGUAUGCUAAAUAGACAAAGUAGAUAUGUACCUCUCGUCUCGUCGGAGUCUCGCGCGAAUGAGAAAGUAUGAGCUUGCUUCUCUGUUCACCUUCUCUAACCUUGUAGACGCGAUAUUAGCAAUAAACAAUAAUAUGAGGUAAAGUUGACCCAUACGUGCAGUGACUAGGUUAACAAUGAUAUUCAAUAGUCAUGCGACAACAUUACGACAGUCGAUAUUACAAUAUAAAAUUCUUCACGUUUUUACUAAGUUGCAUGGUUCAUAUAUAAUUUUAAUUGACUUGACGAGUCGGUAAGAACUAUUUACUGUAUUAAGGAUUCCCAGGACGUUUUAACUGCAAUAUCAAUAUCUAUGAGUAUUUGACUGCAGUGUUGGCACGGUGCUACGGUGUUUGUAAUUUUUGUAAUUCUUUAUUUCGUUUAAUAUGUAUAAUUACGUGUAAUAAUAGGUGCAAUAAUCUAUAAUACCAUAUAAAUUAAGACUGUAAUUACCACGUACCGUAUAUUUAACAAUAAAUUGAUUUUUAAGUUUUAUAUGUAAAUAGUAAAUCUAUUGAAAAUUAAAUGAU